AUGGCUGCAGCUGCCUCGGAUGUAGUAGAUGCUGGUGCUGUCUUGGCGGAGAUUAAUGAAGACUUCCUGUGUUGUGCUAUAUGUCUAGAGCGGUAUUCAGACCCAAAGAUACUACCAUGUCAACAUACAUUUUGUAAGAAGUGUCUAGUACAACUAGCUGAGAAAGGAGUAGCUGAUACACUGAUGUGUCCAACUUGUAACAGGUCAGUAAAGGUACCUAUCAAUGAUCUGCAGUCUAAUUUCUUCAUGAGCUCACUUCUAGACAAGAUACCCGAGAAACUGGUAGCUGGUACCCCUAAAGUGUGUGAAUUUUGUGAAGAAAAUGAAGUCACCUCCAUCUGUGUUGAAUGCCAACAGUAUUCCUGUACACCUUGUACUAGAGUACAUAAAAAAACCAAGACAACAAAAUCUCAUCAGGUUCUAUCGGUUGACGAAUAUCAAGAGACAAAGAACAAGAAGCCAUUUGCUGUACAGUCGAUACAAUACUGCAAUGUCCACACAGGUAACCAGUUGAAGUACUACUGUGAUACCUGUCAGACACCUAUAUGUAUGGAGUGUACAAUCAUAGAUCAUAGAGUUCCUGAACACAAACACAGAUAUAUUAAAGAGGUGGCAGAUGAGUAUUCUGACGAAUUAAAGGGGAAGGUCAGGAAGUUAAAAGUGAAAGCAGAUGAAGCUGAGACAAGUAAAAUGUCAGCCAAGGCAGCCUGUGAUAAACUAAAAACCUGCUGUAAAGAAGAAGAAGCAAAGAUAAACAAGAAAACAGAUGAAAUCUUGGAAGAUCUGAGAAGACAAAUAGAGGUAGUUAAGCAGAAGAAGGAAAGAUUGGUGGAUGAGUUGAAGACAGAAUAUACAGCUAGAGUAAAGAAUAUGGAAAUCAAAGUUGAUGAACUGGAGAUGAAACAUGGAAACAUAGUCAAGUUCAGACCUCAUCCAGGGAGAGAUGAUGUAAGAAUGCUGGCAACAAACGCAUGUCAACAAAACUGUAGUCUUGAUAAUGUCCCAAAACAACUGAUCAAAGGUGACACUGCAACUUUAAUGGUAACAACCAGAGAUAAACAAGGAAAACAAGUCAUUCCACGCCAGGUGGUUGAGGCUAGAGUAACAAAACCUGAUGGAUCAAGUGAUGAUAUCAAAGUACAGGAUAACAAUGAUGGAACACACACAAUGAUGGUACAUGGAGAAAUAGAUGGAAAAUAUAAAGUGUCAGUGACAAUAGACAAUCAGCCAAUACCAGGAACACCUGCACAGUUCAAUGUCAUUAAAGGAUUGGUGAAGACCAUUGGUAAAAAUGGCAGUGGAAAAGGGGAAUAUAAUCUGCCAGUUGGUGUUACAGUGGAUAAGAAUGGUGACAUUGUUACAGCUGAGAGGGGUAAUAAAAGACUACAAAUUACAGACAAGGAUGGAAAUUAUAAAAAUAUUAUAAAAAUUGAAAAAUGUAUUCCAUCUGGUUUGUGCAUAUUCAAUGGCAAAUACUACAUGACAGAUUUGGAUAAUGCACAAGUUGUUAUCAGUGAUAUGAAUGGUCAUGUGAUCAAAAGAUUUAGUGAAAAUAUGAAGCAUCCCAUACGCAUUGUUGUUCGACCUGCUGAUGGCAUGGUGUAUGUAUCUGACUGGGAUUUGAAGAUUGGUGAUAAGACAAAUAAAGAUGGUCACUUGAUAAGAAAAUACACAAAAGAUGGAGAUUAUAUCAAAUCAUUUGGAGGUUAUGGAAGUGAAGCAAGACAAUUUAAGGGACCAUCUUUCAUGGCUGUAGACAAUCAUGGAUUACUAUUUGUAGGUGACUAUAACAAUAACCGCAUACAAGUCUACAAUACAGAUGAUGAGUACAUGUAUUCAUUCAAUUGUCCAGGUCAAGAUGAAGGUCAGAUAUACGGGCCACGUGGCAUAGCUAUUGAUAAGGAGGGAUAUGUAUAUGUGGUUAAUUAUAAUAAUAAGGUACAAAAGUUUGAUAGAAGUGGUCGUUUCAUCUGUCGCAUUGAUAAGGACACUGAUGGACUGAAUUCACCAUCAGAUGUAGCAGUAACUGAUGAUGUACCAUGUAGAGUGGUUGUAGUCGACCGUAAUAACCAUUGUGUUAAAAUCUUUGCACAGUAA